AUGAAUUGGAUUACAGUGAGUUUUGCAUGCACUGAGUCUUAUAUCGCAACGUUUGUUCGGUCUGAUGGUUAUGGUAACGUUGAUGGAGCAAAUAUAGCGGUUCAUGGAAUAAGCGAAUUGGAAUGCGAAAUUAAAUGUUUGGAAGAGAUUAAUAAUAUUACAUGCACAUUCUUCUUGUACAACUGGAAUAGACAGUUUUGUCAAAUUUAUGACAGCAAUGAUUUUCGAGGUACAGCUAUUGAAGACGGAUCAAACUCAUUGUUUCAAAAAAUUUGUAUUCCCGAUCAUCUUCACUGCGCAAAAUCUUAUGCAUUUCAACGAAGUCCACAACGUGUUCUUGCCGGACUUUCUCUUGAAGUGAAAAAAACCGAAACUUUGGUAGAGUGUCUGAUAUUGUGCCUCGACUCUUCAGUGAAGCUACAAAUUGAAUGCAGAUCCGUAAUGUACUAUUAUGACUCUGGUGAGUGUAUUCUGAAUAGAGAAAGUCGUCAUACAAUUACCAAGGCUUUCACAAAGGCUAGAAGCACCGAAGAAGUGGAUUAUUUUGACAAUAUUUGCUACAGUGGGUUAUGCGCAAAAGGUUCUACAGUACACUGGGUUAAAAUCAGUGAACCCUUGAUAAGCGACUCAGCAAACGUUCUUGCAGUCGAAGGAAUUACAGAAGCUACAUGCAUCGAAAGCUGCAUCAAUAACGUUAUUGAUGGACAAAAUUUUCCUUGUCGAGUUUACAGCUACGACAAAACUAAUUCAUUUUGCUACAUAGUAGCAGAACCACAAAUUUGGAAGCCAGCGACACCCCCAACGAUCAGACCUACAGCUAAGAAAAAAGAUGUGGAAGAUAGCUAUUACGAAAAAGUUUGUUUAGUCGCUCGAUCUAAAUGUAAUGGAGCAAGUUUUAUUUACGAAGGAAAUUAUAAUUUGAAGCCAAUGUAUCAGGCUCAGCUUCUGGAUAUUCCCAGCGUUUCCCUAUGCCUUCAAGAGUGCCUUCAUCGUCAGCGGCAGUGCAGCGCAGCAGUCUAUUCAUACAAGCAAGACGGGUGUUAUCUAAUAAACGAUGCCCAAAUUCAGCAUCCAGAAUUUUUCGAAAUUUCUGAUAAGGUGAACUACUUUGCUAAUGUAUGCGACUACUAUACAAUUGAUUCUGAAAAUAUAGCAACAGAAACUACGACAGCGCAGCCGACCACGCAGAUUACUAGCAGACCAAUAUUAAAACCAAGACCACAGUUUAUAAGUUCUGAAAGCCAUCUGGGUACAAUAGAUACAUUUCUAAUAUCUCCGCCAACGACAACAGUAACUACAAUAACCGUAGAAAACAGCUACAUAAAUGAUUUAGCUACCAGCGACGUUGACUUUACUGACACUGAAGACACUGAUACCAACUACACUUCAGCAGCAACUACAACUGGACAACAGCUCACAGACAGCGUUGAAGAGAAGUUAGAAUACAACACAUUUUCUGAGACGGAUUACAGACGAACAACGAUAGCAGAAUACGAUCACGAUCAAAGAACUGACACGCCUUAUGAGUAUAGUACUUUUACAACGAAAUGGUUUUCUUCCAAUGAUGUUGCAGAAACCACGAGUGAACUAGAACACAGUACUGCAAAUGAUGCUGUAAGCUGCUUGAAAGGAAAACUGAAGCUACAAGCUGUCUUUUCAUCGCCAACAUCUGGAAUAAUUUAUAUUCGCGACAACUCUACGGGUGCCUGCAAAAAAUGGUUUGAGAACAAAGCAACAACGGACUACGAGAUAAACUUCAGCCGUUUAUCACAGCUUUAUUCACCGUGUUCUGGAAUUCAGCUGGGCAGGCAUAUAAGGUUGUUUAAAGUAGGGAUCAAAAUGGUCAGCGAUGAAACAGACAAUGAGCUACCGCCAUCAAAAAUAAGAAACUUCGAUAUAACUUGUAAUUAUUCAUCUAUCAACGACGACGAUGAUGCUACGGAUUACAUAACGCCCCUGACCAACAAAGCGCAAAUGAAACUAAGUUCUGCCAACAUCGUUUUGCUGAUCCUUCGCGGCGGAAAUCCUGCUACAACUUUGACUCUUGGGGAACGAGUGGAAUUACGCUGGGAAAUUAUCAACGAAAAUGAGCAACAGAAAAAUUUUAGGAUUAAAGAAUGUAUAGCUGAACAACCCGGCCAAUCUUCGGACGAAUCUGCAUCACUUGUACUGAUAAAAGACGGGUAG